AAAUCUACACGAAUACUCCCAUCUGCGUGACGACAGGCGCGUAAUUUGAUGACGAAGAACACAAGUGACCCGACGACGGGAAGAUGGCGGAAUACCUAGCGUCCAUUUUUGGCACAGAGAAAGACAAAGUCAACUGCUCAUUCUACUUUAAGAUUGGAGCAUGUCGACAUGGAGAUCGAUGCUCCAGACUCCACAAUAAACCAACUUUUAGCCAGACCAUCUUGAUCCAAAACAUCUACCGUAACCCUCAGAACAGCGCUCAGACAGCUGAUGCCUCUCGCUGUGCUGUGAGCGAUGUGGAAAUGCAGGAACAUUAUGACGAGUUUUUCGAGGAAGUCUUCACAGAAAUGGAAGAGAAGUACGGCGAGGUGGAGGAGAUGAAUGUGUGUGAUAAUCUUGGCGAUCACCUCGUCGGCAACGUUUACGUGAAGUUCCGGCAUGAGGAAGAUGCCGAGAAAGCUGUGAUGGACCUGAAUAACCGCUGGUUCAACGGCCAGCCUAUCCAUGCCGAACUCUCCCCGGUGACUGACUUCAGAGAAGCCUGCUGCAGGCAGUAUGAAAUGGGGGAGUGCACUCGAGGCGGCUUCUGUAACUUCAUGCAUCUAAAGCCGAUCUCCCGUGAGUUGAGAAGGGAACUGUACGGACGCCGUAGAAAAAGGCACCGCUCUCGUUCUCGGUCUCGUGAACGGCGCUCUCGCUCGCGGGACCGUGGUCGUCGUGACCGGGAGAGGAGGAGAUCAAGGGAUCGCGAACGCUCCGGAAGGUUUUGAGUCAUGAUGUGAACCUGUUUUGGUUUUUACCCUUUGGUGUAGUGCGCUCCCCACCCCGAACGACCAACAUUGGACUUUAUGUGUACCUUACUUUUACCCCUUUUUUUCCCCCCUCUUUGUUUUUUUUAAGACCACAUGUGAAAUAUGAAAAGCUCAGUUUCUCAAUAAAAGUACAUUGUUAUUAA